AUGGCCAUGCCUCGAGGCAAUCUGAAUACUAGCUUCGCUGCGCGAUCAGUAGCUACGUGCGAACAUGCGUUUCCCCUUGAUCCCCGCGCCCCCGGUUCCUUUCACCCGUACGUCCUGCAGCACACCAUCCGCGCCCCUUGCGCCGUCGUGGGGUUCUGCGCGCCUCCUGUUGGCUCCGCCUCUCCUGUUGGCUCCGCCUCUCCUGUUGGCUCCGCCCCUCCCCUCGCAAACUCCCCCUUCCUCCCCGCGGCGAGCGCCCCUUGUGCGCGCCCGUCUCACCAUCCGCCAGCGCCGCCAGCAGCCACCUCCCCAGAGGCUGCGUCACACGCGCAGGUGGAGGUGAGCGCGCGAGCGUCGAGAGCAACGACAGUGGCGGCAGCGGAGGCGGGUGGAGAUGGCAGCCGAUGCUCACCCCGCACGUCCGCAGAGGGGUCCGCAGCUGUUGGUGCUGCUGGUGCUGCUGUUGGUGGUGCUGCUGCUGCUGGCGAUGACCCAGGAAGCGCGUCCAGGGAUCAGCGCCCACAGGGGCGGAGGCAGAGGGGGAGGGACGGGCGGUGGGGACGAAUAGACAGAGCGCAGGGCGGGGCAGGGUGGGCUUCGGGCGGUCAGCAAGUGAGGGGAGAGCAAGGGGCGGUGCAGGGGGAGAGGGGGCAGCGGAAGCGGGAGUGUGUGUAUGGGAGCAGGGGAGCAGGCGGCAGUGGCAGCACAAGCAGUGCGUGCAGCAGCGGGGGCACCCCGGGGAGUGGAGCAUCGGCUGCAGCAUCAAAGCAGAAAGAGGGGGCGAAAGGGGGCGGGCGGAAGAAGGCGGCGGGGGCGGGCAGUGAGGAGGAGCAGCGGCAGCGGCAGGCGGAGAAGAAGAAGCGGCGGCUGGAGAAGGCGCUGGCCACGGCGAACGCCCUGCGCAGCGAGCUGCUGGAGAAGCGCAAGCAGCGCCGCCGCCAGCAGGAGCUCUGGCUGGACCGCGCCGGGCAGGCCCUGGCUGAGGCUGUUGCCCUGCGCGUGCUGGUGGAGGAAGAGGAGGAGGAGGACGGGGAGGAGGAGGAAAGGGAGGAUGAAGAAGGGGAGGAGAAGGGGGAGGGGGAGGAGGAAGGCACGGGGAAGGAGGAGGAGGACGAGGACACGGAGCGAAGCAGUAGCGCCAGUGGCAACAGCAGUGGCAGUGGAGGCGGGAGCAGGAAGCGAGAAAGAUGCAGUGUGGUUGGUGUGGGUAGUGUUGGCGAAGUGGGCAGUGUGGGUGGUGUGGGGAGUGUGGUGGCAUCAGCAGCAUCAGGUGGGGGUGGGGGGGCAGUGGAGGGCGAGGGGGAGAGGGGGGCGAGCAGCAGUGCGAGUGUGCAGGGGCGUGGGGCAGCGGCAACAGGUGUAGGGGGCGGACAGGGGGAUGCAGGUGACGGCUGUGCGGCUCUGGCGUGGGGCAGCAUGUGCCUGCGGGAUGGAGGGGACCAUCCAAAGGGGGUUGUGGCGAGUGAAGGGGGGAGAAAUCAGAGGAUAGAGGGGGCAGGGGGGGCAGGAGAGGGAGCGGGGGAGGUGUCAGAGUCGUCCCACAACUCAGUGCACUGGCACACGGGGAAGGCCAGAGCGCGCGGAUUGGAGGGUAUGAUUCAGAGAGGGAUUGAUAGAGCGGCGAGUGAGAAUGGGACGUCAGGGAAGGCAGGCAGGCAGCUGUCACCAGCUGCUGCUCCCGUUGGCCCCGGCAGCCUGCAGCUCUCAGAGCUGCAUGUUGCUGUCAACAGCAUUGCUGCCGAGCCUGCAGGUCCGGCAGCAGGCUUGGCAGCAGGAAUUGGGGAGUGGAGUUUGAAUGAGUGUUCGUUAAUUCAGCCACACAGGACGACUCAUGGAGCAAAUCUUGCUGAAGGAGGACGGGAGGGGCCGGGAAGGGCAGGAGCUGGGUGUGAGGGGGGGCACAUGGUGGGUGGCGUGGGUCUGGCAGCUGGGCUGCGUGAGCAUCGUAAAUUGGCGGCAGGGGGCAGCAGGGACAAGGGCGAGCAGCAGGAGGAGAAGGGGACCACGACCUGGCCACAUGCAAGGGGGAUGCGGAAAAAGGAAGUGGGAGGAGGGCCUUUGAGGUUCAGGAACGUGGGCAGUGGUGGGAGGUGGAUGGAGGCUGCAAGGGGGAAUGAGGUGGGGACAGAAGAGAGGGAGAUGGCAGCAGGAAUGGCGGCGGUGCAGGCGGUGGCAGCAAUGCGUAUAGCAGAGGAGGCGCGGGCAGAGGCACACGCCGCCAGGCAAGCAGCACAGGAGGCUGGGGGGAGAGUGCAGGCCGAGGAUGGGGAGCAGAGCGUGCAAGGGAACGACGAGAGCGAGGCGAUGGUGGUGGAGGGGGGGCCGUGGGAGCUGAGGGCUCGGCUGCAGGAGACGGAGAGGCAGCUGCAGGAGAAGACUGCCCGCGUCUCAGAGCUGGAGAGAAGCCUGGAGGUGAGGGGAUGA